AUGUGGGAAGGCGCAAGGCGGGGAGAUGCCCAAGUUCGCAGACGACAGUCCAAUGAUGGACUUCUUAUGGGCUGGGCUAUCGAUUUCACCCUCGAUGGUCUGAAUACAAUAACAAAUCUGCAACGAGCUAUAGAUACUUCGAAGAAAUCAACAAGUAGUGGUUCGGUGUAUACCUAUUUCAUGGAACGAACACGAAUUUACGAUUUCGAGGCGAAUUCCCUCCCGCUGCGAACACAACUAGUUUCGAAACGAGUUGGCAGCAAAAACCAAGUCCACGUCGAAAGAUUCUCGAGUCUACGGAUGGCAACUCAUAUUGGCACAAAGCAGAGCUCCACGAUGCCAACCUCAAUUCAAACAUACAUAUUCUUAUCAACAAAACACAGAAUAGGAGAAGCUGCACCAACAAGCAUAUCCCGCGAUUGGGAGAGAAAUGGAUUCAACGAUGUAGGUGCAAUGUAG